GGGCCUCGCGUUAUAAACCCGUAGGAAAGGAAAAAACGGCAGAGCGGAUUGUCGGGGGACGGUCCCCUCUCGGUGUUUGUUGUUAUUCGCGACGUCGAUUUGAACGGUCUCGUCAGUUUGGCCGUAGCUCCGACCGCUUCGCGUAGCCCGUAGAAAUACCGUGUCUCCGAAGAGCGAGCGUGUGCCAGCCUUAUUACGUUGUCGCAAACUCGUGCAAUCAUGUUCCGGACAAAAUGCAAGGAGCACGAUCACUCGUCGUUCUACAAGUUCUUACAAAUGGAGCACAACCAUAAGAAUCUGGACUGCUACUUCUUUUACUAUUCCACGUGCAAAAAGGGCGACUUUUGCCCAUAUAGACAUGAACCAUCUGCUCUGGGUUGUGAAACUAUGUGCACAUACUGGCAGCAGGGAAAUUGCCUUAAUGAACAUUGUAACUUCAGACACAUGGAAUUAAAGAAAAAUCGUAAGUCAAUUCCUUGUUAUUGGGAAACACAACCUGGAGGAUGUAGAAAGCCACAUUGUCCAUUUAUGCAUACGAGUCCACGCACUAUUACUGGUGAUCCUAUUAAUCCUGUGAAGACCACAGAAGUAGCAACAAAAUCUCCGAAUCAAGAAUGGCUAAAUCGUCAAGAUGACCCAAAAUAUGACGGCAGCAGUACUACUGAGUCGGACCAAGGUAGAGGAAACAGCGAAGCUGGUAGUUUUAUUGGUAGUCCCGCCGUCGAUCCUCUCAUCGUCAAAUUCGAAGAAGAAUCCGAUAACGAAAGUGCACCGUCGCCGGUAAAGUCGCAGCCCAAGAUACCGUAUUGCAAGACGUACGAGCAGAUGAGACUUGAAGAGAUCCAAGCGGAGAGUGCGGCUUAUUACUCGUAUGAAGCCGGCAAUGAUGAGCUUUAUCAGCGACAGGUUGGCAAGACGACCGGGACUAAUCGAUGGGUCAGUACGAGCCCGUCGGGAGUCGGGAAAGACGAGCCGACAACGGAAUUGAGUUUCAAGGUGUUGAGCCUGGAGGAGAUUCGACAACGAAAGAGAGAAAGAGAGCUGGCUGUUAAAGCACUGACAGGUACGACGUCCGUUUUGGAGUCGUCUCUAUCGUCGACCGAGACGAAGGGCGUGAAAAGGCGCUCGAUUGAAGAGCAAGGUGACAAGGAAAGUACUAGUCCGACGAAGAAGUGCAAAGUCAAUUCCGUCAAAGCUGGCCAGCCUGUUGCCAAGAUACGACCGGUAAAAUUGCGAAGAUCUCUAAAGAUCCUUUCGACGGAAACCGAUACGCAAUCGUGCAAAGACGCGGUUGCGGAUGUAUAUAGGGAUAAUCAGAAUGAUCAGACGUCUUAUCGCGAAAGACUGGAGAGCGACGAAUUAGUUAACGCGAAUAGAAGGGUUGGCGUGGAGAUUAGGUUGUGUGAUAGCAGCACGAACGAGGAAAAAACCCAGACGCAGCCGGAGCAAAUGACGGAGAAUUGGAAGUCGGUUGCCACGUUCACGGCGGAGGACAUCAUGAACACCGCGUUAUUGGAUGUCGGUCAGCCGUAUACGCAAACUGAUGAGGAGUACCUGAGACUGGACACAUCGUCCGAUGACAUUAUGCGGGAUAUCGAGGACUUGCUCAAAUAGAAAAGCGCGAUUUGAGCGAUUUCAAGCGAAUCCAUGCGAAUAAAUGAAUGCCCAGUGCGCAUUUCUUUCUUGCAUAAUGUUUAAGAACAUUUUACAUAAAAAUAAUUUGUAUACUUAAGUAGUAUACUUAAGUAGUUGUACAAAUGCUGAUUAUACAAAGGUCACUGUCACGCGAGAAAUGGUCGUUAUGAUUUAUAAGUUAUCUAUAGACGAUUAUUCAAUCAAUCGUUAAUAUUGAAGUUUCAUUGUUACCUUAACUUUAACUAGUAAAUCGUGUUAUAUCACAUUAUGUCAUAUUCCUUUCAUUACGAAUUGGAAAUUAUGCAUUAUUUUUAGUAUUUACGUUAAUUUGCACUUUUUUGCAUGAUCUCGGAUCUUGUUUUUUUUCCUUUUCCUAUGUUAGGAAUCUGCGAAAAAUUGCAAUAAUGAAUUACAGAUAAAGACUUACGAUGUGCACGUAUAAAAUAAAAUUUAAUAAUCGGACUGGUAUAGCUUCUUUUUAAGAGUACGAAAUGCAUAAUAAAUUUUUUUGUAGAUAUGUCUAAAUGUAAUAAUAAAAGAACAAUAUAGCGUGAACUCAUUUCAAUA